CCCCCCGCGGGGCAGAGCGGGGAAUGGCGAGGGGAGGGGGAGGCCGGGGCACGGGGGACACGGAGGGUCCGGGCAGUGGGACACCGGGGACGCGCGGGCGCGGGGUCUGGGCGUGCGCUGCUGCUGCCGGGAGGCGCCUGGAGGCCGCAGCGGAGCCACCGGGGGGCCGGGAGGGCCUUGGAACGCUCGGCGGGCGGGAGGGGCCUCCCGGGCGGCCGGAAUAGAAGUGCGCGAGGCGGGUUCCGGGCGGACCGGAAGUGCGGUCGAACCCGUUGCCGUGACAGCGGGCCCCGGGCCGCCAUGGAGGCCGCGCUCACUGACAUGUACGACCAGGCGCUGCUGGGCAUCCUGCAGCAUGUCGGCAACGUGGAGGAGUUCCUGCGCAUCCUCUUCGGCUUCCUCUACCGCAAGACCGACUUCUAUCGGCUCCUUCUGCGGCCCGGGGACCGCCUGGGCUUCCCGCCCGGCGCGGCGCAGGCCAUGGCCCUGCAGGCAUUCCGGGUGUUCGAACGCAUGGCCAGGCAGGACGACGAGAAGAGGCGCCGCGAGCUGGAGGCCAAGCUGAGGAAGAAGGAGGAGGAGGAGGAGGCAGCCGCAGCCGCUGAGAGGGUGAAGCUGUGUCCUGCAGCUCAGGAGAUUGAGGUGGAGACAACGGAGCACAUCCCAGCCGCAGAUGCCGGGGAAGCUGCGGGCACGCAGGAAUCUGCUGCAGCCCCCGGUGCUGCAGCCCCCAGCCCAGAGUCAGUGGAGCCUCCAGGGGCUGCUGCCCCCGCAGAGCUGCCCACGAGACAGGAGCAGUUCCAGACCAACCCUGACAGCUACAAUGGAGCUGUGCGAGAGAAUUACACCUGGUCCCAAGAUUACAGUGACCUGGAAAUUAAAGUGCCUGUGCCCAAGCACAUUGUCAAAGGCAAACAGGUGUCUGUGGAUAUCAGCAGUGGUGCAAUUCGUGUAGCAGUGCUGGAUGGAAGCAGCCAACGCGUCCUCAUGGAAGGGAAACUCACCCACAAGAUCAACACGGAGAGUUCCCUGUGGAGCCUGGAGCCUGGCAAGUGUAUUUUGAUCAGCCUGAACAAGGGGGAUGAGUACUGGUGGAAUGCCAUCCUGGAGGGUGAGGAGCAGAUCGACAUUGACAAGAUCAACAAGGAGCGCUCCAUGGCCACGGUGGACGAGGAGGAGCAUGCCGUGCUGGAUCGCCUCACCUUUGACUACCACCAGAAGCUGCAGGGCAAGCCCCAGAGCCAUGAGCUGAAGGUGCAUGAGAUGUUAAAGAAGGGCUGGGACACCGAGGGCUCGCCAUUCCGCGGCCAGAAAUUCGACCCCUCCAUGUUCAACAUCUCCCCCGGCGCCGUCCAGUUUUGACAGUGGCAAAAACAACUGAAAAAUAAAGCAGGGAGAGGCGACCUCCCGGCCCCUGGAUGCCCACCAGGAUCCUCACAGCCAGCGCCAGUGCCCGGGACUCAGUGAUCCACGCUGCCGGCACCCAUCCGUGCUGUGUGGGGAAGCCUGAGGAAGUGGGCAGAUUUACAUCCUGUCACCACGGCAACCCGGGCACCAGGACCCCUCUCCUCCCCUCCUCUCCCCUCCCCUCACCUCGAGCUGCCGGUGCUCCGUGUUUUUCUGGAAUAGAGGGAGCGUGUUGGGUCGCGUUGGGUGACAUAAUUACUGUUUUUGGUGGAGGAGGAUACUGCUUCUGGGGUUUCUGGGGAUGUGGAGCUCUCCCUGCCCUAGCACUGGGCAGCUUUGCCCCUCACAGGUGGAGAUGGGUGCUGGGGAUGGGCAGUGGGGAUGGGGAAGCCUGCCCCUGCCUGCCUCUGCCAGCACCCUGCCCACCUGGCACCCCCAAAUCCUCUCACCAGCCCCACUCCAGGGUAUCCCCAGGGGGCUGUGCUGCCCCUGCCCUCUGCCCAGCCCUUGGAGGGGGGGUUUCCUGGCUUCCCCCUCCUUCACCUCCUCACUGGGGGGUUGUGAGGACACCUGGGAGCGGGCAGAGACCACAGCCAUCCCCUGGGGUUUGCACCCCCUGUGUCAGGGAGCAGCAGGGGUGCUCCCCAUAGCCCUGGCAUUUGGGGGGGCUGCAGGCCCACCCCUCAUGGCCAGCAGCUGGGCAUGAGCCCCUGAAACAUACGGGUUUCCCUGGCAUGGUACUUAGGGGUCUGAGAGUGGGGACUGCCUGGGAGGGGAGGCCCCAGCAAGCCCAGCCUGGCUCUCACAGCUUCCCACCAGCCCCCCACCCUGGGGUGUGCGGGCUGGGGGUCCCCGGCCAUCGCCUUGUCCGGUUGCCCACCCCCCACCCCUGUCUGCAAUAAACACAUGUCACCGUG